CUGUCAAGAGUCCAGGUGGGGUCCAUAUAUCGUUGUUUGACCCAGAGGCGACGUGGCUCAUUCAUUUCCCACCCCAAUUGCUAUUCGGUGAUAAAGAUUCACACGAGUAUCGCGACGCAAGAGCCGCGACUUCGAGCUGUAACUGAUAAGUGUGCAACGUAUACAAACUUUGCUCGAGUUAUCAGUGAGAGUGACAACCGGAAAUUAAAGUUGAAAUCAACACGAUUACUUCAUUAGCUCUGUUUACUUACACUAUACACUUGGUAGGUUAUGGUUAGAGCUAUGUUAAAGGCGAAAGUUCGACAAGGUCACAAAUGUGAGGGUUCAAUAAACGAAAGGAUUCUCCCCUUGUCAGUCUGAUUUAUGUAGUUGAUUUCCUUAUUAAUAGAUAAACACGGUCGUAAUUAAUCAAUUAACUUUUGGGAUUAUUAGUAACAGGCUCAAUUCGUUACUCCGAGGUAUGAGGACCAAGAAGUUCUAAAGAGUAGUUGUAGAGUGUAAACGGACGGAAAUUGUUGAAACGCAAUUACAAGCUUGAGUCAAAAUUGAUCAGGUGCAAGCGACAGUCGAGGACGAGGAAAAUAAGAAACGAGAAAUGGGCAAUGGGUUUUACCCCAGACCCAAAUCCAGAGGCAAAGUGGAUGUCACUGUAGUAGUGGGUGCAGGCAACUUUAGCGAACGUGCCAAAGAAACGUCAAAAGAAAUGAAUUCCCUGUCCAAAAGCCUAAGAAGGCCUCAACGGUAUGAUGACGAACGAUGAGUGGCCCCGAGAGAGCUUAGGUUUUCUCUAGGAGCGGGUGGGCAAUGGGGCAAAUGCAAAAACUUUAGACAGGGAAUCAAUUGUUGCCUUGUUUUAUUUCGCUCCUUCGUCGAAGACACGCAACAACAAUAGGCAAUGGCAAUAGCCUGGUAACUAGCUACAAAUGAGCAAGGUAGGUGUGGAAAGGGAGCACGGGGUUAGGUUGGUGGGAGUGGCAGGCCAACAACCGUGAAAAGAACUUCAGGAUGACAGUUAUGGGUUACAAAGGCAAGGAUUGAAUCAAAUAAAUAAAAGCGCAAGGUUCCACAGCACACAGUGCAACUCGCUCAAUAAGGGAUGGAGGGUACUUACCUGGGUGUUUUGGGGUUGCCCGGGGUCCUUCGAAGCCGAUAACCUUACCAGUGUGUCCAUGUCAAGUUUGCAUGCGGCUGCAGGUAAUUCUUCAUUUCAUGCCGCCGCUUUACAUAAUCAUCAUAAAUGUAGAAAGCAAUGAAUGGCAAAUCUAUUAACAUAACAUCGCAUAAAACAAAAAUGUCUGCGCCGUCGUCAUCGUCAUCGGCUGCGGCAGAGACAUAGACAGAGACCGAGGCAACAAUAGCAUUUGGGGCACUUGGCUUGGUGCUGUGCCUGGUAGUCCGAUUGAAAUCAGUUGCAUUGGAGCAGUCGAACAGUCGCAAUGAACAUCUGGAAAGCAAAAGUGCUCACCGAAGUGCCUUUCGGGCAUGUGCUUAUUGUCAGCGGCAAAGUCAAACCUCAUCCCAAUAAGUAGGCAACGAAUUAUGACGACUUUUAUGCGUCUUCCAAAGAAUCCGUUUCUUUCUUCUAGAAUAUCACUCGACCUGACAGACAAUGUCAAUGCGGAGAAUGAAAGCGAAACGGUCUUUCUAAAGAUUGAGGCGAACUUUCGCGAAGGUCAGAUCAUACGCAGCAUGUUCCAGCCGGGCGAGGGCUGGAAACAGGAGGAGAUCUCGAAGAACUGGAAGUGUGAUGGUCCGAAGAAUCCUCUGGUGCCCGGCCAGUGCUUCACCUUUCGCGUUGCUGUCCUGCAGCGCUGCUUUGAAAUCUACGUAAAUGACCAGCUCUAUGGGUCGUUUGAGUUUGUCAAGUUCCCCAAGCAAAUCAAUUUCGUGCGCGCCUAUGGAGACUUUGAGAAGAUCACGCAAUUCCAUCAUCGUAUGCUCUUUCCCUUAGUGUUUCCACGCAGCCUUAUGUGCGUGGAUCGUGUCGCCUUUCAAAGCGAUGUGCCACGACGUUAUGAAACUGGCACCGUAGUUGCUAUGGAGUGCAUUGCCAAGGGGCCACCGACUACAGAGUUUUCUAUCUGUUUUCAGUGCAACGAUACCGGACGCAUGAUCCUCAAGUUCCAUGUUAAUUUUGACAAGACGACUGUGUCGCGAAGUUACCAACGCGAAGACAACAGUUUUGCCAGUGACGAUGAGGAAACCGAGGGAGAAUUCCCCUUUGUUCGCGGCAAAUUAUUCAAGAUAGCCUUUGGCAUUGGAGAUCGUUCGUUCCUGAUUGCCGUCAAUGGGCAAUACUUCACCUACUACAAUUUCCCGGUGCGUCCGUUCUCUAUCUCUACGCUUAAGUGCUUCACUAACGAUGUGGGCGACUUUGCCGUGCGCAGUCUGGAGUAUCAUUCAGAUUCGCCUUUGUUGUCACGGGUUGAGAAGCUUUCCAUCAUAUAGAGGACAGCUUUGGCAAUGUUACCGAAUGUAGAACGUUGAUCGUGCUAGUUGCAAUCGUUGGAAUUUUCUUGUUCACCUCUUAUCCUAUU